AUGCAGCCUCAUGGAGCCCCAGGCGCUGGAACCUCCUUCUCCCGCAGCCACCUACUGGGGCGCCCUGCCCGCCCCUCAAAGCUCCCUGGAGGGGUGUCGCCUCUCAUCCCUGUUCGCAAGAAGACCAUCCAUCUUGAUGCUUUCCCCCAGAGCCACAGCCCACAGGCUUCCGGCCGACCAGGCCUUGGAGCUAGGGCAUGGAGUGUGCCCCCACAGGAGACUGGCAGGAGCCUGGCACCCAGGAAGCUCAGCUCCAUCUCCCUAACAGUCCGCCAGCACAGCCAGGCAUGGCCCUUGGGCCCCCUACCUUCUCACUGGGAACAGGUGUCUACCCCGGGCAGGGAGGCUGCCACCUACAGAGGAGGGAGGCUGCCUUCUCCUGACUCACCAUCUGUGACCCUAGUGCCAGGGGACAGGGUCCACUCCGAGGACCCAGGUCGCCCAGGUCUAGCCAAGCCCAACAGGAUGUCUGCGGUGGAGAAGCCCCUGGUGAGCUCUUGCCUGACCCUGCCUUUCCAAUCCCGGUUAGCUCAGGGUCCACCAGGUCCUGCAGGGCCAGGCUUGGUGGGUCAGAGGCACCCUGUCCCAAUGACCGCCCAUGUGCCUACCAGAGCUUCUCCAGGAAGAGGCAAGCCCCGGUCCAGGGGUAUUCAGAGACCCCGGCUGCAUCUCCAAAGGGCCAUCCCUGCCACAGGGCCUGCGACGGCCAUGGAUUUGGCUGCUCUGGAUACAGCGAGGCCAGGCACAUCCAGACAUUUAUCCACAAUGGCCACCAAUAGGCCUGGCUUGGCUGUCAACUUGGCUACACCAAACACAUCUAGACUGGACACAAGCACUGAGUUCCCUCAUCUGGAUAGCAAACUGGGCUCUGCCAUGGACUUGGCUAAAGCAGGCACAACCAAGCCAUGCACGGUCAUGGAUGUGGUGACCCCAGACCCAGAAAAGUUGGGCAAAGUCAUAGCUACAGCAGGCACAGCCAAGCCAGAUACAACCACAAAGGGUACAGCCAGGGAAGUGGCAGCACCAGAUCCAGUCAAGCUGGACACAGCCAUGGUGUUGGUUAGGGCGAAUAUAGCCAAGCUGGACAUGACUACAGAUUCUCUUGUUUUGGAUACAAGCAGGCUGGGCACAGCCAUGCAUUCAGUUGUGUCAGUCACCCCAGACCCAGUCACUGGUGAGACCGCACUGGACAGUGUCAUUAAGCUGACUAGAUCAGACAGUAUCACCGACCCAUCAAUGCCAAGCAGAAGCACAGAUGCAGCCCUGGACCAUGCUACAACAGAUGCUGCCACAGACCGGGUCACAGAGAUCACCAUGCUGGGCCUGGCCAGAGAAACCAAAGGGCUCCCGGAGACCAGGACGGACACAGCCAUGUCAGAGCUGGUGCCUGAGCCCAGGCCUAAGCCGGCAGUGCCCAUGAAGCCCGUCAGCAUCAACCCCAACCUGCUGGGCUACAUUGGCAUCGACACCAUCAUCGAGCAGAUGCGCAAGAAGACCAUGAAGACUGGUUUUGACUUCAACAUCAUGGUCGUUGGUCAGAGUGGACUGGGCAAGUCGACGCUAGUCAACACCCUCUUCAAAUCCCAAGUGAGCCGCAAGGCCUCCAGCUGGAACCGGGAAGAGAAGAUUCCCAAGACAGUGGAGAUCAAAGCUAUCGGGCACGUGAUAGAGGAAGGCGGUGUCAAAAUGAAGCUGACUGUCAUCGACACGCCAGGCUUUGGAGACCAGAUCAACAAUGAAAACUGCUGGGAGCCCAUUGAGAAAUACAUCAAUGAACAAUAUGAGAAAUUCCUGAAGGAGGAGGUGAACAUAGCCCGGAAGAAACGCAUCCCUGACACACGUGUCCACUGCUGUCUCUACUUCAUCUCCCCGACGGGACACUCCUUGCGACCUCUCGAUCUGGAGUUCAUGAAACACCUCAGUAAAGUUGUAAACAUCAUCCCUGUCAUCGCGAAGGCUGACACCAUGACCCUGGAGGAGAAGUCUGAAUUCAAGCAAAGGGUUCGAAAGGAGCUUGAAGUAAAUGGCAUUGAAUUCUACCCCCAGAAGGAAUUUGAUGAGGAUUUGGAGGACAAGACAGAGAAUGACAAAAUCCGGCAGGAGAGCAUGCCUUUCGCCGUAGUGGGAAGUGACAAGGAGUACCAAGUGAAUGGCAAGCGGGUCCUCGGCAGAAAAACUCCCUGGGGGAUCAUUGAAGUGGAAAACCUCAACCACUGUGAGUUUGCCCUGCUUCGAGACUUUGUCAUCAGGACCCACCUCCAGGACCUCAAGGAAGUGACACACAACAUCCACUAUGAGACCUACAGGGCCAAGCGGCUCAAUGACAAUGGAGGCCUCCCUCCGGGAGAAGGCCUCCUGGGCACUGUCCUUCCACCUGUGCCAGCCACCCCCUGCCCCACUGCAGAAUGA